CAUACCUCAUGUGAUGUCUUCGUGUUUUCUCCACGCAAGCCGAACUGUUUCUCUCGUGCAUUGACAAGAUGCGUGCUCGUGCAGUAUCUUUGCUAUUUUUAAGCUUGAGCUUUCUCUCGCAUUUUCUGUGCGCUCAUACAAUGACUCCUCUGUUUCCAUCCGCAUCCAAAGGCAACAAACUCGCCAAAUCUGCGCCCGCCGAUGGCCAGAGAAGAUCAAAAUAUGGCAAGAGCAUCGCGUCAGCCUCACCGUUAUUUGGAAACGUGAAAUCACGGCGGACGAAUAAAGAUUCGGUUGAACCUCAUGACUACAUGAUCUCCAUCUAUAAAACUUUCUCCGCGGCUGAGAAACUGGGACUUAAUGCGAGUUUUUUCCGCUCGUCGAAAGCGGCCAACACUAUCACGAGUUUUGUGGACGAGGGUCAAGAUGACCUUUUGAACUCUCCUCUAUGGAGACAGAAAUACUUGUUUGAUGUAUCAACCCUUUCUGAAAACGUCGAACUUCUGGGUGCUGAACUGAGAAUAUACACGAAGAUCUCUGGAACUUUUCGAGCAUCUGAAACCGGACCAAUUGAGAUACAGCUUCUCUCCUGUCACUCAGAUGUCAUCCUUGAUUCCAAAACCCUGGAUCUAGAGGACGCGCAUAAACCGAAAUGGGAGGUUUUUGAUGUAUGGGAGAUUUUUAAGGAACGUCAUCACCACUCGGAGGGAAGCCGCUUUUGUUUAGAGCUCAAGGCAACACUGGACAGUCCAGAGAGAGAAAUAGACUUGCAAUAUCUCGGCUUUCGCAGACAAGGUCGUUCCCAGCUCAAGAAAGCCAUACUGGUUGUUUUCACAAGGUCUAAAAAGAGGCAAAGCCUUUUUUAUGAGAAGAGAGAGAAAAUUAAGCUGUGGGGUCUUGGAAACCAGGAAAAUGAGAAAGGACCUCAUUCAAAGUCCAGAAGGAGAAGGCGGACCACCUUGCCCAACCGGCACGGUAAGAGGCACGGUAAAAAGACCAAAUCUAGGUGCAGUAAGAAACCCCUGCAUGUGAACUUCAGGGAGCUGGGAUGGGACGACUGGGUCAUCGCGCCUUUAGAUUAUGAGGCGUACCACUGUGAGGGCAUGUGUGACUUUCCUCUCCGAUCGCACCUGGAGCCGACCAAUCAUGCCAUUAUUCAAACUCUGAUGAACUCGAUGAACCCCAGCAACAUGCCGCCCAGUUGCUGUGUCCCUUCAAAACUCAGUCCCAUCAGCAUCCUGUACAUAGAUGCUGGAAAUAACGUUGUUUAUAAGCAGUAUGAAGACAUGGUAGUGGAGUCCUGCGGCUGCAGGUGAUUGUGCUACGAAUACAGCUUUAUGUAAAUGAACGUUCAGUUGUCUGUAUACCUAAAGUCAAGAUGUGUAACUCAGCAUCACUGCCUUUUUGUAUUGUAUUGACUGUAUUGUUUAAAAUCAGAAAACUACUGGAAAACUUAGUACAUCAUUCAGUGAAUCACACAUUUGGACUGUGAUAUAGCAUUACAUGAAUAACAAUAGAGAUGAGGAACUAGUUCCAAAUUUUACUGGUCACUACAGUCACUGAAUUCACAACACACUGUUUUAUUAUUAUAUUAUAUGGAAAACUGUAUGGGCAAUUCCAAACCUCACAUCUAAACAUUUUUAAGCUGCAAUUUUUGGAUUUGUAUGUAAAUAAGUUUGUUCAAUUGUACAGGUUCUAAUUUAAAUUUCUUUUCAUUAAGUUAUUUUUCCAUUUAUACCUUUAAUAACUUUAUAUUUUAAGCUAUUUUAGUUA